CGGACGGUUGCGGCGAGCAGCCCCCGAGGACGCGGCCCCGCAGCGCUGCCCCCGGCCCUGCGCUCGUCCCGGUGCCGCCGGUUCGCUGUGCCCGCGGCCCGGCCCGGCCCGGCGCUGAGCGGGGCGGUGGGCGCCGGAAGCUGUCCCAAUGGCCUCAGAAGCACAAAGUGAGGAUGCAGAACAUGCAGCUGAGCCUCCUGCAGCUCCUGUGCAGGGGGACAGGACAUUCCAGUGGGGAGCCAUCCUUGCUGCAGUGAAAGACCAACUCCCAUCCCUGGACUCUGACUCCUCCACAUCUGAUUGUGAGAAUGAUGAGGAGCUUUUCAUCUUCCAGAGGGACCUGCCCAACUUAAUUCCAGACCUGUCGGAAGAACUGAUGAUGUUUUCCCUGGAAGACUCCCAGGAGCAGCAAAUCCAGGAGACAGAAAGACUUCCAUGGGAGAUCUGGAACAGAAACCUAGAAAGUUUUGACUUUCAGGAAAAAACAGAUGGUGCCCAAAUCAUUGCAAAAGAAGAUGUACAAAUUAUUAAAGAUGAGGCUUCUGAACCUGUCAGCCAGACUGAAGAAAUGCCAAGCCAAAAGAGAGCUGUUAUUGAAGAAUCUCCCUCAGAUUCCACAGAUCACCUUGAGGAGAAAGAAAUGGGCAGGACACAGGCCAAGGAAAGAGUGAACUCCUGGCCUAACACAGCAGUGUCUGUGCAAGAGCUCUCCAGUAAAGAGGAGAGAAAAAAGCUGAUAGAGACAAAGAUACUCCACAAGAUCCUUGUGGAGCCACCCCCAAAGCAGGAUGUCAAGCCUCCCUCCCAUGGCAUCAACAACUGCCUAGGAACACUUGCAAAGGAGGAAACCUCUUCAGCUGAGUAUCUUGGAGAAGUGACCCGUUUGUUAUUGCAGAAUAUUGAGAAAUGGGAUGUAGACAAGAAUCUUGAGGAGCUGGAGCAGCAGGGAAAUAAAACUUGUGCAGAAGUUGCUUUCUUCCCAGCAGAUUAUGAGACCUUCAGGAGGAAGUGUGAAGAUGAGCUCAUGGAAAGGCUGGGAGAGCUGUGUGCCAGGCAGUCCAGGGCAGUGUCCCCUGCCUGUGAGAGGCCAUCAGCAAAGCUCUGCUCCUUCCAGGGACAGCAGGACAACAAGGAUGUUGCCUUGCUGUCAUCCCCACCAAGUUCUCUGAGGAUGGGCAGGAUGAGUUUCCAGGGCCUGCCAAAACCUGCAACUGUGUACAUAGAUUUGAGAGAUGCUGAGCCACCAAAGUCAGUGACAGUCCCUGAAGAGGAGCAAAGGGCAAGUGACAGCUCCUCCUCUGAAGAAGAAGAAGAAGAGAAUGAGACAAUUAGGGAUGAAGCAGAAAGGAGAAUGUAA